AUGUCCAUCAUCCAGCAGCACACGUCGGCGUCGCUGAGCGACGCGUGGCGCACCAUCAACAUCGACGCGCUGGACCCAGACUCGUCGCAGAACUUCGACACCACGACACUGCACCCGCCGCUGCCCGAGGUCAGCGACGCCGACGUACGCGGACUCAACGGCCAGGUCCGCCAGCUGCUGCGCGGCGGCGAUGCCGAGGGCGCCCUGCGCGGGUGCCUCGAGAAUCCGGUAUAUAGCGGGGGCGAGGGGGUUAAGGACGCACACAUGCAGACCGUCGUCGAGGUCUUGCAGUCCAUCAAGGCGAGCGAGAUGACGCCAAUGCUGCAGCGCAUCCACGGGUCCGAGGGUGGCAGCGAGCUGAUAGAUGUGUUAAUGAAGUACCUAUACAAGGGUAUGUCAGGAGGUGCGGCGAACGGGGCAGGAGGACCGCGGACGUCCGCGCGCAACCUCACGCCGCAGCCCACGGGGGGCUUCAGCCAGGUUGGCGGCAGGCCGGGUGCAACAAAUGAGAACACGGGCGCGGGCAUGAGCGUGUUGCUGAGCUGGCAUGAGAAGGUUGUUGAUGUUGCGGGCAUGGGUAGCAUUGCACGGUGUAUGACGGACUGGCGUAAGGUAUGA